CCUGAGUUUAAGAUUUUAAAAAUAAUAUAUAGAAAGUAGUUUGACACUUUACCGCGAUGACAUCCAUGUUUCGGUCAGAAGAAAUGACACUAUGUCAGUUGUUUCUUCAAUCAGAGUCUGCCUAUGCAUGUGUUAGUGAGUUGGGGGAGUUGGGUGUAGUGGAAUUUCGUGAUUUAAAUCCAGAUGUCAAUGCAUUUCAAAGAAAAUUUGUUAAUGAAGUUCGAAGAUGUGAUGAAAUGGAAAGAAAAUUGCGUUUUAUGCAGAAGGAAAUCGAUAAAGCAGAAAUACCUAUUGUUGACAACAUGGAGAAUCCAGAGGCACCUCAUCCAAGAGAAAUGAUUGAUUUAGAGGCACAGUUUGAGCAGUUGGAAAAUGAAAUGAAAGAUUCCAAUUCCAAUUAUGAAGCUUUGCAAAGAAGUUUCUUGGAAUUAACUGAACUGAAGCACAUUUUAAAGAAAACUCAAACCUUUUUUGAAGAGGCUGAGCAGCAUGUGUUGCAAGAGCAUAUUGGCGAUACAAGUCAGCCAAGCAAUGCGGAAGAAUUAGCUUUGUUAGGUGAAAAUGAUCAAACACCGCAUAUCGGGGGUAGAUUAGGGUUUGUUGCUGGAGUCAUUCUGCGUGAACGCAUACCAUCCUUUGAAAGGUUGUUAUGGAGAGCAUGCAGAGGCAAUGUGUUUUUUAAGUAUGCAGAAAUUGAGACACAAUUGCAUGAUCCUGUUACUGGAGAUCCUACCAACAAAUGUGUCUUCAUUGUUUUUUUCCAAGGAGAACAGUUAAAAAUUAGAGUGAAGAAAAUCUGUGAAGGCUUUCGUGCUACACUUUACCCAUGUCCUGAGACACCAGCUGAAAGAAGAGAAAUGGCUAUUGGUGUCAUGACAAGAAUUGAAGAUUUGCAAUCAGUUAUCAAUCAAACUCAAGAACACCGGCACAGAUUGUUGCAAACAAUAGCAAAAAAUAUAAGUGUUUGGUUUAUCAAGGUGCGGAAGAUCAAGGCAAUUUAUCACACUAUGAACAUGUUUAAUCUGGAUGUGACUCAAAAAUGUCUCAUUGCUGAAUGUUGGGCACCAGUUGCUGAUUUGGAUACUAUUCAGAGUUCAUUAAGACGAGGGACAGAAAGCAGUGGCGCAUCUGUGCCAUCCAUCUUAAAUCGAAUGACCACAAAACAGUCGCCACCCACUUUUAAUCGAACAAAUAAGUUUACUCAUGGUUUCCAGGCUAUUGUUGAUGCGUAUGGAGUAGCAGACUAUCAAGAAGUCAAUCCUGCUUUGUACACUAUCAUAACUUUCCCAUUUUUGUUUUCUGUCAUGUUUGGUGAUUUUGGACAUGGAACAAUCAUGAUGUUUUUUGCUGCUUGGUUAAUUUGGAAUGAGAAGAAAUUUGCAAUAUGGAAAGGUGGCGGUGAGAUGUUUGAUACUGUUUUCCAUGGGCGUUAUAUUAUCUUUUUAAUGGGUAUUUUCUCCAUUUACUCUGGAUUUCUUUACAACGACAUCUUCUCAAAAUCCAUGAACAUCUUUGGAAGUGGUUGGGUUGAAUUGAAUUCAAACAAAUCAGACUAUGACAUCAGCAAAUUGCAUCACUAUCCUGAGUCAGCAACGAUUAUGUUUAAUCCAAAUGAUACUGCAAGAGCCACACCGUAUUAUUUUGGCGUUGACCCAAUCUGGCAAUUGGCAACCAACAAGUUAACUUUUACGAACUCUUUGAAAAUGAAACUCUCCAUUGUGUUUGGUGUAACACAUAUGAUGUUUGGUGUUGUCUUGAGUUUAUUCAAUCAUAUACAUUUCAAGCAGCGCAUCAACAUUUGGUGUGAAUUUAUUCCACAGCUGCUUUUUAUUGGCUGCAUCUUUGGUUACUUAGUGAUUUUGAUCUUCUACAAAUGGGUUGCGUACAGCAUCAAAGAUGAAAAUGCACCUAGUUUAUUGUUGGGGUUGAUUGGAAUGUUUUUAGAUUUUGGUAAAGAAAUCAAGGAAGAAGAAUUGGUGUAUGCAGGACAGAAAAAUGUUCAAACAUUUCUCGUACUUGUGGCCGUUUUGAGUGUGCCAUGGAUGUUGUUGGUGAAGCCGUUUUAUUUGAGACAUCAGAACAAACAGAAAGUUCAGAAACGUCCAGGAUUUUCAAGAUUUGUAGACGAUGGCAUCAAUGGUGAUCCUGAAGGAAUUAACCACAGUGAGAUUGUACACAAUGAAGACACGGUUCUGCAUCGUGAAGAAGAGGAAGAAGAAGUUUUUGAUUUUGGAGAGGUCUUCAUCCAUCAAGCUAUACACACAAUUGAGUAUUGUCUUGGUUGUAUUUCCAACACUGCUUCCUACCUUCGACUGUGGGCUUUAAGUUUGGCGCAUGCGCAAUUGUCUGAAGUAUUGUGGUCAAUGGUUUUCCACAUUGCCUUAAAAAUGUCUGGAGUAGUUGGCGCUGUAGCUGUGUUUGUGAUUUUCUCCGCCUGGGCAGUUUUAACCGUGGCGAUUUUAUUGGUGAUGGAAGGUCUGUCUGCGUUCCUGCACACACUCCGUCUUCAUUGGGUGGAAUUUAACAGCAAGUUUUACCAUGGCGCUGGUAAUAAGUUUCAACCGUUCUCCUUCAAGGUUAUUUUAGCGGAUGACUUGUAGACGAUUCUGGAAAUCUAUAUUUUUUCUUAUUUUUUGUUGUUGUUUGUUUAAUUUGUGUUAUUAUCGAGUUGUAAUUAAACCGGAUUUCUAAUGAGAAGUGGUAUGUGUCAUAACAUAAUUAUAUUGUUUUGCCUCGGUAUACUUUUAUACUCGUACUGCUGAUUCAAACGUACAUUUUCACAUAUGAACCGAAAGAUCGGGAUUGACCAAUCAGAUCAACCGGUUUCGGUGCGACAUGUGUAUCAUUUCUGUUCUUGGAAGUCUGGUUUGACAGUAAAUAAUUUUUUGUCACGAUGAUUUUUUUUUUUUUUAUCUUUCCCUCGCUUCACAUAUGAUUUCGAGUAGCAAAACGUGUGAUUUGUGCUGGGAAGAAAAGUUUUAAUAGGUGAGACAAGCUAAUUCAUGUCACAAAAGGAGAAUGCCCUUACUCAUUAUACAAAUAGUUUUUCGCUCAUUUUAAAUUCGAAAAUAUUGAACAGGAAAAGUUUGUUAUUUUUGUUGUUUUUCGUAUCAAAUGAAUUCUAAAAAGUUUAUUUUUUCAAUUAUUAAAUCUUGUGCUAUUCUGUAUCACGUUAUUUUUUAAUCUUAAUCUCGUUCCCAGGACCCUAAAUAAGUACAAGUUUUGAAAAUGCCAGUGAGUUAUCCGGAAAAAACCAUGAUAGCUAAAACAGAACUCUAGCAGUCAGGGAAUUGGGGACGAGGUUUGUUAACGUAUGUAAAUUGAUGUGUGUUUAUGUUCACACUCUAAAUAUGUUUUUGUUUUGAUUACAUGUGUUAAAGUCCUUUCUUCGACAAUAUCGUCCAAUCUCAAUGUGUGAAAUCUGGCUGUUUUUGUGCGUUUCGUGAUGUUAUUGAAUGUUCAACUUACUGACAAUACUCAACUUGAGACAUACGAUAUUAUAUUGCAAACAUUUAAAGUGCUAUGAAAUAUCACACAAUUACUAUUUUUAAAUCCAGUACUAAUUUUUAUUUGAUUCAUUGUUGUAACACUUGCAGAACAAAAAAAUACACUAAGACAAAUUGGUGAAUCGUUACUCUCUUUGGAACUGCUUUGAAACGAUCCAAAUAUCAAUUUGCUCUUAGCUUGUUUUUUUUUAACGAAAUAUAUUCAUUUGAUGAAA